CAAUUGGCUCAGUGUGCAGCUGUAUAGGCCGUCUGUGCUUAUUGUGACUCUUAUUAUACGCAAAAGUUUGAGUAUCGUUGGUACUUAUCGCAAGCGUCUUCCGCGGUGACUCUUCGCCCGACAUCGCUGCCCCGCGCUACAAAAAGUGCCCGCCGACCAUCAAUCUUGACCUUGUUCACAUCCAACAACCAACAGCCACAUCCUCCACAAUGGCGCCCAGCAAAUCCCCCUUCGAUCUCUCCACAUGCGCAAGGCCAAAUAUACUGGCAUUGGAGCCGUAUCGAUGCGCGCGCGAUGACUACAAGGACGACGGGAAGAACAUCCUACUCGAUGCGAACGAGAAUGCAUACGGUCCUGGGUUGGCUCUUGAGUCGACAGGAGCAUUAUCUGGCUCCACCGCGAACGGCGCAUCCGGAUCUCUGUCAGCCAUUGACGUCGAUCUGCUUGGACUGAAUAGAUAUCCAGAUCCUCACCAGAAUGAACUUAAGCAAGCCCUUUGCGACCUCCGAAACACCCACACCCACACCUCGAAGACAAUCACCCCCGAACACCUUUUCGUUGGCGUGGGCUCAGACGAAGCAAUUGACGCACUCCUCCGCGCAUUCUGUGUCCCUGGCAAAGACAAAAUCCUGACAUGUCCACCGACCUACGGAAUGUACAGUGUUUCGGCACAGGUGAACGACGUCUCUCUCGUCAAGGUGCCGUUGCUUUCAGAAGGAUUCCAACUCGACGUCCCCAGCAUCACCUCCGCACUUUCAUCCGACCCUAACAUCAAAUUGGCCUACCUUUGUUCGCCCGGAAACCCGACCGCAGCGCUUUUGAAGAAGGAGGAUGUACAAAAGAUAUUAGAGCACCCAACUUGGAAUGGGAUAGUCGUCUUGGACGAAGCAUACAUCGAUUUCGCACCUGAGGGUACAAGUUUGGCAGAAUGGGUCGCGGAAUGGCCCAACCUGGUAGUGAUGCAGACCUUGUCAAAGGCAUUCGGUCUGGCAGGAAUAAGAUUGGGAGCGGCAUUCACAGACCCGGCGAUUGCGAGGAUACUGAACUCCCUCAAGGCUCCAUACAACAUCCCGAACCCAACAAGUCAAUUGGCUCGCGCAGCACUUAGUUCAAAACACCUGGAAAUCAUGCGAAGAAACAAGGAUUUGAUAGUGAAGCAGCGUGAAAGGCUGUUGAAGGAGCUACCCAAGGUUCCUGGUGUCGGCAAAUUCCUAGGAGGAUCUGAAUCAAACUUCUUGCUCGUCGAGAUGCUUGAUGCGCCCAAGGAACAAGGCGGAAAGCCGUCAAAUGAGACGGCACUUGCCGUGUACGAAGCUUUAGCGGAAGAAAAGGGAGUCGUUGUCAGAUUCAGAGGAAAAGAGCACGGGUGUUUGGGAUGCCUGAGAGUUACUGUUGGAACGGAGAAGGAGGUCGACAGGUUCCUCGUGGAGCUAAGCACGGUUCUCAAGAAUAUUCAUCAAAGUACUUCAAAAGUUGGUGCGAAGGAAGAGGAAAGAAAAGAAACCCAAGCGAACGCUGUCAUUGCUUGAGGACUUUUGGCCUCCAAUCUUGAAGGAAACAACCUUCAAGGAGUGAGUGUCGUAGACUAUAGAACAUACAAGCAAGAAGGCCAAGGCAAUAUCUGAACCUCGACAGAUAUGCGUUUAAUCAUAUAGAGGAUGAUUUUGGUUAUAGUCAUAGGUACGAGAAUCGCUCAUAUAAUGUAAAUAUUUCCCACGAUUUGGGAAAAUUCAGAGUUUG